AUGCAGCAGCAGCAGCAGCAGCAGCAGCAACAGGACCUGCUGCUGAAGCUACACGAGCAGCAGCAAAAUAUGUUGACCCCAAAUGCAUGCUUAUGCCUGUACCUGUGCAUCCCCUCCACUAUAUAUCUCCUGCAGCAGCAGCAGCAGCAGCACCAGCAGCAGCAGCAGCAGCAGCAGCAGCAGCAGGACCUGCUGCAGCAGCAGCAGAAACAGAAGCAGCAGCAGCAGCAGCAAGAGAAAAAAAUGGAGUAUCAUCAUCAAGGGUAUCAUCAGCAUCAGCAGCAACAGCAACAGCAGCAGCAGCAGCAGCAGCAGCAGCAUCAGAAGUAA